GUGGUGUACUGGCUGCUCGAGAACGGCGCCGAGCUCGAGUCGAAAGAUAUAAAUGGCCAGACGUCAUUAUCGUGGGCGGCCAAGAAUGGGCACUAUAAUGUGACGUGGCUGCUGCUCGAGAAAGGCGCCGAUCUCGAGUCGAAGGAUACAAGUAGGCGGAAGCCGCUGUCAUUCGCGGCUGAGAACGGGCACGAGGACGUUGUAAAACUGCUACUCGAGAAGGCCGCCGAGCUCAAGACGAAGGAUAGCUUAUAUGGUGAGACGCCGUUGUGUUGGGCGGUUGGAAACGGGCACGAGGCUGUGGUGCAGCUGCUGCUUGAGACCGACGCCGAGAUCGAA